AUGGCGCUGUGCCAGAACCGCUUGCAAGAGGAACGGAAGCAGUGGCGAAAGGACCACCCCUUUGGCUUCUAUGCCCGUCCCCAGAAGAACCAGCAGGGUGUGCUCGACUUGAAGAUUUGGGAAUGUGGUAUUCCCGGCAAGGAAAAGACGAUCUGGGAGGGUGGUCUGUUCAAGCUGACCGUUACUUUCCCUGACGAGUAUCCCACGAAACCCCCCAAGUGCAAAUUCGUUCCCCCUCUCUUCCACCCCAAUGUCUAUCCGUCGGGCACGGUCUGCCUCUCGAUCCUCAACGAAGAAGAGGCAUGGAAGCCGGCUAUCACGAUGAAGCAGAUCUUGCUCGGCAUUCAGGACUUGCUCAACGACCCCAACCCCGAGUCCCCAGCCCAGGCUGAGGCGUACAAUCUCUUCAAGAAAGAUCGUCAGGAGUAUGAGCGUCGGAUCAAGCGCGUCGUGCGGGAGAAUGCCGCCCCAUAG